AUGCCACAUAAAUUUCCCAAUCUUCCUCCUGAUUCCCGAGAAGAAAUAAAAAAAACAGCUUACCUGGAUAUACAAAAUAAAAAAUACAGAAUAGUUUAUACAAUGACUGAUUGCAUAGAUGCCACCAAAGAUAUAUUGAAGAUAGAAGUUAAUUCCAAUUUGAAUGAUGUCGUACAUGAAGUAAAUAAAAUUUUGAAAACAAAAUUAUAUCAACGGAUACAUUUAUAUUUAAAAUAUAAAUAUUUUGCUCACCUUAAUGAUUCUGUAGAGAAUGUAUAUAAUAUUUUGAAAACUAGUGAAUAUAAUAUAAAUUUUGCUUUUGUAUUGAGAAAAUACAAAAAUGAUGAUUAUGUUUUGAUAUAUGAUAUUUUUUUAUAA